CAAGCUUAUUUUAACAUGACAAGCAUAGAAAUUAAGAACGAAGUUGGUGUAGAUCCCAAAAAGCUUAGCAAUACCACAGAUAAAAUAAUGCCACGAAUUAAUGUAGGUCCAAAAGAGGUUAGAAAUACCGCGAUUUUAAUCGUGGGAUGCACCGGAGCUGGUAAAAGUACAUUAGGGAAUUGGUUAUUAGAUGUUGAUGUAUUUAAAGCAGACUCCACAAUGGGUUACGUCACUAGAGAAUGUCAAACUGCUUCAAUUCAAAUUGGUGAUAGAGAAUUUAUUCUAAUUGACACACCGGGAAUAUUUGACGCAAUGAUUAAUGAUGCAGAACAUUUAUCAAGAAUUGACAAAUUAAUUAACUUAUAUAUAAACAAUUACCGAAAUUUUGAAGGAACAGUUCGUUUGGUUAAAGAAUUCCUUGGAGAUGGAGUUGCCAAACAUAUGAUAGUUGCGUUUUCUGGCGUGAAUAAGAAGCAAACUGAAGAUAAUAGUAUCGAACCUAAGCUUAAUUCAUCGAUGAAGAAUUUUUUGAAAACCAUUCAAAAUCGAUGGAUCAUUUCUCCGAAUCCUGAUAUAUUUAACAGAGAUGACCAAGUUGUAAAAAGGAAUAUUGCUAAUGCCAAAGAGAUGAUUUUUAGAUUUAGGGUUGCAUAUAAUUUAUCGGAUUUUAAAGAAGUAAA